CGAGUGUUGAUGGCGUCAUCGACGCGACUCUUGUCAUCUCUACGGUCAUGUUUUAUCCACGAAGUUGCAUUUAUAAAGCAGCAUGGUUUUGUCAGUUAAAUGUGAAUAUCGAGGGAAGCGAGAAGAGAAGUGAGCCAACGAGAGGGCGAUAGUUAUCUAUAAGUAACUACUGGCAAUUGGAAACAGCGAUGUUUGCUGACUGGCGUCGUUUACAGUUUACUCAUUCAUGUAACUAACCGCACAUGCUAAUUUGGUGCUCAGUUGGUUUGGGAAAUAAGUAUCGGCAAAGUUUGUAAAUUAACGAUUAUUGCUGUUUUAUAACACAAGUGAAUGUAAAGCAUAGUAAUAAAUAAUCCACAUUAAGUUCUCACAGGGCCAGAGGUUAAACAUCCUAACAUGGGUUCUGUCUUGAUGUCAAAAGUCAGAAUAUGCCAGAAACUAUUAACAUUAAAAGCAUAUCUGUACAAAUCAUCACAGCUGCCCUUUUCAGCACGUCUGCUGUGCACAAGAGACACAAAUUCUAACCCAAGUGGUAGACAAACAGACAGAAAGAACCGUGGACAGGGGGUCUUCAAAAAUCCCACCAUCAGAUGGAGAGAAGAGGAACUGUGGGACGAUGCCAUGAAGCGCUCCACGUCUCUGCAGUCUUCUCUCCGCAAAUCUGUGUUUGCUGCUGGGACAGCAAAGAGGGUGGCGGAGGUGCUGAGGAGGAAAGCGGCUCUAGUGUCUCAGGAUGAGAAGCAGCAGCUCGAAGAGACACCUGUAGUGAGGACAUUUGUGAGAUCAGGGAAGGUGCAGCCUCCUGACCGGCCGCUCUCUGCUGCAGAGUGGAGGAAGCUGAAGGAAUCUAUGGGAAAUAAUCAACGGUUUGACUUGCAGAUGAUGUGCGAGAUGUUCAACUCUGGGACCAAGCUGGAUAUCGCCAAGUCCCUACUGUCUUUUGUAGCCAUGGAAACAGGGACAUUGUCUUAUGAGCUGCUACUACGGUACCUGACUCUGUGUGUGAAAGGAGGCCAUGACACAGAGGUAUUUGAUGUCUAUGACAUUAUGCGGGGAAGUUUCCCUUCUCUGGAAACAGGAGCCUCCACCCUCUUCAUCAAGUCCUUCAGCCGCACAGCGAGGUGGAGGGAGGCUAUCAGGAUCCUGCACGAGGUUAAGAAGGUCAUUACUCCAUCACCACGCAACUAUGGCGAUGUCAUCUCAGCAGCAAUGGUACAUGGUGACACAACCACUGCCUGGGCUCUUUACGAUGAACUCAUAGAAAAGGAACUGUGUCCAAACGAGGAAACCUGGGAAGCUCUGUUUAAGGGAGUGAGGAAGACUGAGGAGGAAGAAGGGAAGACCACGUCUCAGUCUGAGCAGCAGGACAGGCUGCUGGAGAUUCUGCUCUACAUGAGGAGCAACCAGAUCUACCCUCAAUACGGCCUCGCCAGCAGCAUCAAGGCCUGGUUUGAGAGUCUCCCUGGGCAGAAAUGGAAAGGAAGUUGGACCAGUAUCACCCCAAAGGGUGAAUGUGAGUGUUGUGGGUCUGAGUUGGAGUCCAUCCAGCUGACUGAUGAGGAAUACCAACAGCUGAAAGACAGAGUGAUGACGGAUAUCAUUAAGGGCGAAGAUGUUUUUAACAAGACUACACCGCAGGAGCUGGAGAGGUUCAAGAUGUUUGUGAAGAGGAAGCCAGCAUUUGAUGUGGUUGUAGAUGGACUGAAUGUAGCAAAUAUCAGCAAAGACAAAAGCAUGCUAUCAGAGACGUGUGUGUGUGUGUUUCAGUUGUUGGCGGUGGUGUCAGAGUUGGAGCGUCGGGGCAUGACUAUUCUGGUGUUGGGGAGGAAACACAUGCUGCGGCCCUCCAGAUCCUGGAAGAGACACAACAUGGACCUCAUCCGACAGAAAGCUCAUUGCUUCUUCACUGAAAACAUUUCAGAGGAUGACCCCUUCUUGCUGUAUGCCACUUUGCAUUCUGGAAACUACUGUCAGUUUGUGAGUAGGGACCUGAUGAGGGACCACAAGGCCUCCCUGUCAUGUGGAGCCACCAGACAGCUCUUCUUCAAGUGGCAGAGAGGCCACCAACUGGUAGUGAAUGGAUUUGUGGCAGCAGGCCGGAGAGUCAAAUUUAUGAGUAUUCCCAGCUAUGACACCAUUAUCCAGAGUUCAGCAAACUCAUGGCACCUUCCCUAUGAUGACACAGAGGACAGGAGCACCUAUGAAGUACCACAACGAUGGCUCUGCCUCACCAAAAAGAACUGAACACACACACAUACACACUUCAUAUCCUUCGAUUAUGACUGUAAAUAAAAAAAUUACCACAAAA